CUGAAAAGCAGAAACAUAGAUAGAGAGAAGAACAAGAAUAAAAUAAAAUUUGCAGAAACUUAAAAAUUUCAAGAUUUAGAUCUUCUCUCUGUUCUUCAUCUCUGUUAAUUUUCAUAAUAUUUUGUAAUUUUUUUUAUUAUUAUUACCAAUUUUUUAAUUUUUUUUAAAAUUAGUUAACACUCUUUGAUUAAUUUUUUUUUUAUUUUUCCAUUUCAUAAUUGACUAGUCAUCUCUUCUUCUUCAUUUCUCUGUAAAUCUGUUGUCUGCUUAGAUCUAAUCUGAGUGAAAAUUACUAAACGACGUCGUAUUUUACAAAACCAGUGAAGAUCUAUGGAUGAUGAUUUCAAUUCGUUAUUAAGCCGCGACUUUGGUUUCAAACCACAAGGCAAAUCCGCUCCCAUGGCAGCACCUCGUACCAGCGGCGGCAACAGCUUCGCUUCUUCCGUUAAUUUCGGACUCGGAUCCGGUCCGAUUUUCGACGAUCAUAACGGAAACGGUAAAGGAACCGGCGGUUAUGGUAGUAGUAGUGGAAGAAGUGAGAAUAGUUUGUUUAACGAUGUGUUCGGUGGUCCACCUAAGCAGAACCACCACCAGCAGCAGCAACGAUCAUUGUCGUCGGAUUACGACUCGGUUUUUAAAACGACGUCGUCGUCUUUGCCGGUUUUUGAUAAGCCGGUGUACGAUGAUGAUGAUCACGAUCACGGUAAUAUUGAUAUAUUUGAUGGAUUGCCAGGGUUAAGAAGUGCAUCUGUAGGUCCACAAUCUUCUGCUAAUGAUAACAGUUUUAAUAAUGUGUUUGCUUCGAUCGGAACUAGUUCUUCUUCGCCGCCGAAUCAUCGGCCGGUAAAUAAGAACAGUAAUGAUAAAAACAAUAGCAGAAGCUCGCCGUCGCCGCUUGAUGAUCUGCUGGUGAAUUUAGGUAAAAAGGAGAAGGAAUCGUCUAAGAGAGAGACCGGUACAGAUUCCGCGGCGUUUGAUGAUUUGCUUUCUGGUUUUGGUCGGAGUAGCUCUCCCAGUAUUAGCAGAUCAACUUCAGAGUCUAAUCGGCCCCAUAAACCAUCUACAAAUUCGGCCAGGACAACCUCCAGUAUGAUGGAUGACCCCUUUGCAGACUUAGGCACAACCUCAGGCCCUACAGCUUCAUCAUCAGGGUUGUAUGCUGAUCCAUUGGAAGAAAUUAGCAAAUUCAGCAGCACUGGAAGCACAAAGGCUGAUAAUAGUUCAUCAAUAAAUAGGGGAUCAUAUGAUGAUGCAGACUCCUUCGAUGAUCUUGGAAAGUCCAUACCUCCAUUAUCAUCAGGAAUCAAUAAGAGAGGAAAAGAUAAGAGCCCUUUAAGAACAGGACCAACUACAGGUGGCGCUUUUUCUGGUGCUAGUAAAGAGUCGGUUGACAAUGUUCAUGCGGAUGAAGCUGAAUAUCCCUCACAGAAGAAGAUGGCUAAUGAUAAUUUUCGGGAAUCUCAAGAAACCUAUUUUGAUAUGCCUCCUACAACAGAUUUUCAUAGAUCUAUGGGUCAAAAUGUCACUUCUUCUUCAUAUGUCAAUGCUAGUCCUAAGGAGGGAAAUUCACCUCCUAGAUAUGAAGAUAUUUCAGAAGCAAAUGAUGAUAUAUGGCUUACUGUAUCUGAAAUCCCUCUUUUUACUCAGCCCACAAGUGCUCCACCUCCUUCAAGACCCCCACCUCCUAGGCCACCUAGGAUUUCGAAGUCAGAGAUGGGUUCUUUUUCAUCAACAAGCUCAAAAAAGAAGGCGAAUGAAUAUUCUUUCUCUAACUCAACAUCCUACUCUCAAAGCCCUAGAUCAGCUCGUGCAGGAAAGAGCUCAACGCCUUCACAAAUUGACGAACUUGAAGAUUUUGCUAUGGGUAGAACCCCAGGUAAUGCUAAUGAACAUGCAGAGGUUCCUUAUGGGGAAGAUAUGGAUGCGAAUGCAUCUUCUGCUGCAGCAUCUGCUGCUGCAAUGAAGGAUGCCAUGGACAAAGCAGAGGCUAAAUUCAGGCAAAUGAGAGAGAGGGAAUAUAUAAAGGCUGCUAGAAGUAGAGAAGUAGAUAAAGAUAUGCAAGAAGUUCAGCAGAGAGAAUUACGGGAAAGACAAGAAAGAUUGGACCGUGAGAGGCUUCAAAGGGACAGUGAAGAGGAAGAUAGAGAACAGAGGAAACUUGAGAAAGAGAGGGAGAGAGAGGAGAAGGAAAGAGAGCAGAGGAGGCUUGAGAGAGAGAGGGAACGAGCAAGGGAGAUUGAGAGGGAGAGGGAAAAGGCCAGGCAAGCUGUAGAAAGAGCCACCCGAGAGGCACGUGAAAGAGCAGCAGCUGAAGCCCGCCUAAAAGCUGAAAGGGCUGCUGUAGGAAAGGCAUCUGCUGAAGCUCGAGAGAGAGCAGAAAGGGCUGCAGUUCAGAGGGUGCAAGCUGAAGCCCGUGAAAGGUCAGCAGCAGAGGCAAAAGAAAGAGCAGAAAGGGCGGCGGCAGAAGCAAGGGAAAGGGCAAAUGCAGAAUCAAGAGAGAAGGAAGCUAGGGAGAGAGCUGCUGUUGAAAGGGCUGCAGCUGAUGCAAGACAGAGAGCAGAACGAGCUGCUGUUGAAAGGGCUGCUGGAGAAGCGAGGGAAAGGGCAGCUGCUGCAGCUAGAGCUAACCAACAAAGGAACGAUAGCCAACAAAAGAACGAAACUGAUUUUGAUUCAUUCUUCACUUCUCGAGCAAGCAGUGCGCCAAGGCCUAGGAACAAUUCGGAUCCUCUAUUUGAUACCCAGUCUAAAGGAGGGUCUGAAGCUGCUAAAAGGACAUCUGUUGGACCUACAUCUAAUAACAUUAAGAAAGCAUCUUCAACUACAAAUAUUGUUGAUGAUCUAUCUUCAAUUUUUGGAGGGACUGCUGGGACAAAUGAGGAUUUUAGAGAGAUUGGAGGGGAAACUGAGGAAAGACGGAGAGCUAGGUUGGAACGCCAUCAAAGAACUCAGGAGCGCGCAGCAAAAGCACUGGCUGAGAAGAAUCAACGGGACCAUCAAGUACAGAUGGAACAAGCAGAGAGACAUAGAAUUUCCGAAACAUUGGAUGCUGAGAUCAGGCGCUGGGCUGCAGGGAAAGAGGGGAAUCUACGUGCUCUGCUCUCAACAAUGCAAUAUGUGCUGUGGCCUGAAUGCGGUUGGCAGCCGGUUUCCUUGACGGAUUUGAUUACUGGCGCCUCUGUUAAAAAGUUUUAUAGGAAGGCAACUUUAUGUAUCCAUCCUGAUAAAGUGCAACAAAAAGGUGCCAAUCUUCAACAAAAGUAUAUUGCUGAGAAGGUGUUUGACUUGCUGAAGGAAGCAUGGAACAAGUUCAAUUCAGAGGAGCUAUUUUGAGUUCAAUAGGGUGGGAAAUAUUUUGCUACAAACAACUACAUGAUUCGGUUAUAACUGUAUUCGUCGGGAGUGGAAAAUGCACCACUAUUCCAGCAAAUGUACUCUCGUAUGUGCUGCAGGUUGUAUUUGUCGUCUUCUCUGAUAGAAUAGGCCCGUGCCGAGGAGAUCGAGAUUCAGAUUCGUAAAUGUGAAGCUCUCCUGCUGUAAACCAAUGUUUCAUCUGCACAGGGCAUCAAACCUGGAAUUGCUGCUCCCUGUAGAGUAUAAUUCUGUAUACCCCAUUUACGUUGGGUCUUUUUUGAGUUAAUUCUUUCCUCUAGUUUAUAUUAUUUUUUUGGUGGUGGUAGAGCAUGAUAUUAUAUGAUGAUUUAAAUACAAAUAUGUUUAUUGAUUAUCAAAAUGACGGUACUGGCUUUGUAUGAUUGUUGAGCUGAUUGUAAGCUUCAUACAUAAAUAUAGUUCUCUUUUCAAA